AUGGUGUGCAUCAGCUCUUGCUCCUCACCGCUCCAAGUCUGCAGUGAGGCAGAGCAGGAGGUUGACUGCUCCCCUGUAGCGUCCCUGCAGCCAGCACAGCGCCUCGGGAGGGGUGUUCCGAAGGGGGAGCUGACAGUCCGCCUGUGGUGUGUUCACAUCGGUGCCGACGGCCGCGGGGCUGCAAGCGCCCCGAGUGCCGAAGGGCUGGGAGGGAUUGUCAGGAGGAUCGCGGCAGGAGAGCGAGCCAGCGUAAUCCCUUCUGGAUCAUCAUUUUAUUCUCCCUGUCUAUGCAGUAACAAGCGCCUUGUGGCCUUGGUGCCAAGUGACACUUCAUUCAACACCAGACGAGCCUACACCAGCGAGGAUGAAGCCUGGAAGUCGUAUUUGGAGAACCCUCUAACAGCAGCUACCAAGGCUAUGAUGAGCAUAAAUGGUGAUGAGGACAGUGCUGCUGCUCUUGGCCUAUUGUAUGACUAUUAUAAAGUGCCCAGAGAUAAAAGGCUGUUGUCUGUUAACAAAGUGAGUGAUAAUCAAGAAGACCAAGAUAAAAGAAAUUGCCUUAAUACCACAGAAGCUCAGAGCAGUUUAAGUGGGGGAGAGAACCGCGUGCAAGUCCUGAAGACAGUGCCAGUUAACCUCUCCUUGAACCAAGACCCUUUGGAGCCCUCCAAAAGGGAAUACAACACAAAUGUGUCUGGGAGCUCAACACCCAUCACGGGGACUGCAGUGACUGUGGUUAAAGCAGAGGAGUUCACCCCUGUGUUUAUGGCCCCACAAGCACACUAUGGCAGAGGAGAGAGUGAGGAGCACCGAGGGGUUAUCUUUGAGCCAUACGAGGUGUCCAGCAUUGCUCCCCACACAAACUACCUGAAGGAUGACCAGCGCAGCACUCCAGACAGCACCUACAGUGACACCUUUAAAGAUGGAGGAGCAGAAAAGUACCGCAGUGUGUCGGUGGGGGCUGAGGAAUACAUCUACGAACAAACAAGCACUUUUCAGUACACUCUGGAAGCUACCAAGUCCCUGCGCCAGAAGCAAGGGGAGGGCCCCAUGACCUACCUGAACAAAGGCCAGUUCUACGCCAUCACCCUGAGCGAGACCGGGGACAACAAAUGCUUCCGGCACCCCAUCAGCAAAGUCAGGAGCGUGGUGAUGGUCGUUUUCAGCGAGGACAAGAACAGAGAGGAGCAGCUGAAGUAUUGGAAGUACUGGCACUCGCGGCAGCACACGGCCAAGCAGAGGGUCCUGGACAUCGCUGAUUACAAGGAGAGUUUCAAUACCAUUGGGAACAUUGAAGAAAUCGCUUUCAACGCUGUGUCCUUCACUUGGGAUGUCAAUGAGGAGGCAAAGAUCUUCAUCACGGUGAACUGCCUGAGCACGGACUUCUCCUCACAGAAAGGAGUCAAAGGGCUGCCUCUGAUGAUUCAGAUCGACACGUACAGCUACAACAACCGCAGCAACAAGCCCAUCCACCGAGCCUACUGCCAGAUCAAGGUGUUCUGUGACAAGGGAGCAGAAAGGAAAAUCCGAGAUGAAGAGAGGAAGCAGAACAGGAAGAAAGGCAAAGGGCAGGCAUCCCAAGCCUCGUGUAACAACUCUGAAGGGAAGUUGAGUGCACUCCCUCUGCAAAAAAAGAGUGAUAUCACCUUCUUCAAAACCAUGGCUGACCUGGACUCCCAGCCAGUGCUCUUCAUACCAGACGUUCACUUUGGAAACCUGCAACGGACUGGGCAGGUUUACUACAAUACAGAUGAUGAGAGAGAAGGCAGCAGUGUCCUGGUCAAAAGGAUGUUCCGACCUGUGGAAGAGGAGUUUGGUCCCUCCCCUUUGAAGCAAGUGAAAGAAGAAGGCCUGAAAAGAGUGCUUUUGUAUGUGAGGAAGGAGACAGAUGAGGUCUUUGAUGCUUUGAUGCUGAAGUCACCCACAGUAAAGGGGCUGAUGGAAGCGAUCUCUGAGAAGUAUGGGCUGCCAGCUGAGAAGAUUGCAAAACUUUACAAGAAGAGCAAAAAGGGUAUCUUGGUAAACAUGGACGACAACAUCAUUGAGCACUACUCCAACGAGGACACGUUCAUCCUGCACAUGGAGAGCAUGGCUGAAGGCUUCAAGAUCACACUGACAGAGAUCUAG